UAUUAAAGAAGUUUUCUAAAAAAUUUAAAUUUUAGUCAUCAAGAUGUCGAAGGCAGAAAGAGUCGCCAUGGGUGACUAUUGGUCAAACAUGAUCGAAAAAGAAGCAGCCUUGAGACUAAUGUGGUUUAGAAAAAACGAGCAAAGACUAAACGAAAUCGCCAACAAAAUUCCAUCUAGAAAAGUCCCCGAUGAUGUUAAAGAAAAAAUGAAACAAGAUCGAAUUGCGGCCUUUCAAACUAUGAAAAAAUAUCCAAGAAUUAAAACCGAAGAUACCGUGCCAGUAUUUGAGGGUAACCUGCAGGAGAUUAUGAAACCAGUAGAUCCGGCAAUGAAAAAGUUGAUUUAUACCGGGAGUAAUAAGGACGGGCGAGUUAAUUAUCUAAAGGCAAGAACUCGUUUGUUACCAGAAGAUAGGUACUAUUUUCCAGAGUGUAGUAGCUGGGAUUAUGGCUGGCAGAUGUGGGAUGAUGUUAAGAAAGUACCAAAAUUCGGUUUUGGUAGGCAACAAAUAAUAAAAGACUCCUUCUAUAGAAGAAGAGGGGUUGAAGGUGAUCCCGAGUGGUAUAAAGAACCUGCUCAUAUUAGUCCAACAUUUUGCAAUACAUGUCGUUAAAUACACAUUCUCUCAUCAGAACAGGAAUAAAAACCUUUUUACCCUGA